CGACAGUGCAAAUUACAACAUACCUGUCCGGAGCAGGACUUCCGUGCACUGCAAUAUGUCGUCGUUGGAGACAACAAGUAACAACAAACAGCCUUGAAAUCAGAAACAUGAGUGCGAGAUCCUGAAGUUUUGAAAGGCGCUAUAGAAAUGACGUUUGGGAUUCCUUGUAACAAUGUGUAUCUGGAACUAGUCAGCCAGAUUAAAGAAUGGAAAACAGCUGACAAUUGUGCAAAUGGAGGAGAAAAGUGCUUGUACACUCUAAAGUCUGCAAACGAACACUACAUUGUGGCUAAGCACACAACUCCAGUACACAAAUAUGUCGAUAAUCUUACAUUCAAAUUGACUUCCUCCUUGAGUAAGAGAUCCUGCUAUGUCUCUGGAUUCUCUGUUUCUGAACUGUGGUACUCAGUCCUUGACCACGGUACCAACUACUGCAACUUGCACAACCUUAUUGAAGGUAGUGGCUUAGACAAAGUUUCAGGUUACAGUGAAUCAACCAACAACUUCAAGUGCACUCAGUAUUCAUCAGCUAAUUGUACGAUUUACUAAAUGGGCUACGCUUUAUUAAGAAAAUCACAAAGCUGCAUGAUGUUACAUGACUCCGGAAUGCUAUCUUUUUAUCCUUGUUCAAAGACUUAAGUGAUUGUCUUCUCAGUAUUGCAUUCAAACUUCCCUCAGUAGUGUGACCAGUACUGUGAAGUGCAUUGGGGAAAGAAAUUAAAAUUGUUGGCACCAUAUUCAAUAGUAUCAGGAAAUCCACCAUUUAAUGAUUGGGUACUUUGUAAUUUAAGUUUGAGCUAAUUGUCACUGUAGAGAAAUAUUAGAAUGUACGGAAAAAUAAGUUGGUCCAAAUGGUUAAUUUUUACACUGUAUGGGAUUCAUCCCUAUCUAUGAUUUCUGUUCUUCCUUGUGCAUGUGCCAUCUUCCCUUGAUUAUAUCCCACUUUAUUCUGUUUUAACUCUUCCUCCCAUCACCAAUUAGGUACCAAACCAUAUUGGUGGCCUUCUAAACUAAUAAUAUUCCCAGAAUUGUGCAUGGACCCUAGUUCUAAUUAUGUUCUUUUUUUGUGGUUUCCUAACACAUUUUAGAAAUUCCAUUUGGCUGAAGAAAUAUUACAUAUAACAGUUUCUAAUCUGAAUUGAAAUAUUAUUUUCUACUUUAAGCCAUGUUCCACAGUAUAUUCUUUUAUAACUGAGGGGUUGCUUAAGUUUUAAAGGCAAAAUUGAUAUGAAAUAUUUUAAAAUUAGGAUGUCAUCAAGGUAUUGGAACUGCUGUGUGAUCCCUUCAUUAAGUGCUCUCAUUAACAUUGGUUCCAAACUUUGACAUCUCCAUUUCAAAUCAAAAUGUAAAAACUCAGAACAUUUGUACUUCAAUUUUUAAUCUGCAACCUGAUUAAAGAAUCUGUUUGAAAGUACAUUAAGAAUAUAUAGGCUCUUGUAUAACUAACAUUGCUGCCUUAUAUUGUAAACUGUUUUGACUAACUUUUCUACUUGGUAUUGUAUGCAAAUGAAUUCAUUUAAAUAUGUCUUUUAGAACUAAUCCCUUGCCUCAUUAUUAUUUUAAUUAAGUUGGUAAUAACUAAUUUACCUGGUGUGUAUAUGUUUAUAGUAACCAAACUGAGAUUAUUAUUCAGACACUAAGCCACAACAAUUCCUUGCAAUGUAGCUUCUAACAGAACAGAAUAGUGAAGUUGUGCUUACUGUUAAUAAGAUUGCCCAGUCAUACUGGGCAGAAAAAUUAUUCUCCAUUUCUGCAAUGCAACAUUAAUCUUCAGUGAAGUAGAAUCAAAGACUGCCAUGUUGACAUUGCCUUGUGCUUUAUGGAACUAAUUAGUUGUUCUAGAUGUUUGAAUUCAAGUGUACUGUAUUUGCA